AUGAAGGGAAUGCCUAUUUCCUCAGUGGCCCCCAAAGUUCCCUCUCUGGAGAACAGCUGGUCUCUGCAGUCUCUGGCACAGCCUCCAGGGAGGGGAUCAGUCAUGCACGUGGGAGGAAGGAGACUGCCACCUGCUUCCAGCUCCCCCAGUGUUCUGCCCAAGAGAUUCUUCGGGAAAGCGAAACCCAAGGCUGCGCCACCCAGCCUGACCAAGUGCAUUGGCACCGUGGACAGCAGAGCAGAAUCCAUUGACAAGAAGAUUUCCCGAUUGGAUGCUGAACUAGUGAAGUAUAAGGAUCAAAUAAAAAAGAUGAGAGAGGGUCCUGCAAAGAAUAUGGUCAAGCAGAAAGCCUUGCAAGUUUUAAAGCAAAAGUGGAUGUAUGAGCAACAGUGGGACAACCUCACCCAACAGUCCUUUAACAUGGAACAAGCCAAUGACACCAUCCAGUCACUGAAGGAUACCAAAACUACGGUUGACGCUAUGAAAGUGGGACUAAAGGAAAUGAAGAAGGCAUACAAGGAAGUGAAAAUUGACCAGAUUGAGGAUUUAUAAGACGAGCUAGAGGAUAUGAUGGAAGAUGCAAAUGAAAUUCAAGAAGCACUAAGUCGUAGCUACAGCACCCUAGAAUUAGAUGAAGAUGACCUGGAAGCAGAGUUGGAUGCACUGGGUGAUGAGCUUCUGGCUGAUGAAGAUAGUUCUUACUUGGAUGAAGCAGCAUCUGCAGCUGCAAUUCCAGAGGGUGUUCCCACUGACACAAAAAACAAGGAUGGAGUCCUGGUGGAUGAAUUUGGAUUGCCACAGAUACCUGCUUCAUAGACUUUCAUCACUGAAGUACACAUGUAAAAUAAACACAUAUUGUGGGACUAGGAAAUAUAUCCAGAUUUUCCAUAACAGAUUUAAGUUCCUUUCCCUUCUUUGAAGGAAAGGUUAAUUACACUGCUCUUUUAUUUUUUUUCCGUUAAGAAAUUCAUUGCUUGGGGAAGCUUUCUUAUACUAAAAUUUGAUUCUUUUUCUCUUAUGAAAAAUUAACUUAAAAGUAUCUUUGGCUUUUGUAUGACUCAUUUUCACUCAUUAAUAACAAUUUGAAAUAAAACCAAGGAUAUGAAAUCUUAAA